UCCCCAGCAGGGGCGGACUGACCAUUCGAGCACUCGGGCACUGCCCGAGGGUCCGGGUCUGUUGGGGGCUCCAUGAAAUGCCCCGGUACCUUUUUUAUAGGCUUUUUUGAGUGUAGGCAAGGACACGGGCCCCAUGAUCCCCUAUUGGACGGGGGCCCCAUACAUUGUCAGUCCGCCCUUGAUCCCCAGGGAACAUGCUUUUUUGAGUUUGGGCAAGGACACAGGGGCCCCAUGAUAUUAUGAAAUAGAUUUUUCCACUUGGGGGGAGGGGUA